CGUCAGGUUGACGUUCAAUGAAGGUCAAAUGGUGGGAGGAUGGAUUAAAAGGCGCGGAAUCGGAUGAUGAAGUGUUGUUGCGCAGUGGCUCUGGUCACUGGUGUAGACUGGUGCGUCGUGUGUUUCGUGGAAUUGCUAACUCGAUUUUGAGGUUAUAAUCACAUUGUGGAUUGUGAAUUGUGCCUUCGUGUAAUGAGUUAGAUCAAUUAGACAACAGUUUUACUAUUGUGAAGACGAAAUUUACUCUCAGACUCCAUAAUGACGGAAAAACGGAACGAAGUUCGCGUUUGGUGCGAUGGAUGCUAUGAUAUGGUGCACUUUGGCCAUGCAAAUUCACUGCGGCAAGCAAAAGCUUUGGGAGAUUACUUGGUAGUUGGAGUCCACACAGAUGAAGAAAUCACAAAACACAAAGGCCCCCCUGUUUUUACACAGGAUGAAAGAUAUAAAAUGGUUCGAGGUAUAAAAUGGGUGGAUGAAGUUGUUGAAGGUGCUCCCUAUGUUACAACUUUAGAAACCCUAGACAAAUACAAUUGCGAUUUCUGCGUUCAUGGGGACGAUAUUACAACGACUGCUGAUGGAAUCGAUACUUAUCAUCUUGUGAAAGCUGCCGGACGUUAUAGGGAGGUUCAGAGGACAGCCGGUGUUUCCACAACCGACCUGGUGGGUCGAAUGCUCUUGAUGACAAGACAACAUUUCAGACAGGGGGAAAGCGAGUACAGUGUUGACCGUGAACCAAGCAAAAGUAUGGGCCAAGACAGAACGGCUCGAAGUCCUUGGACCGGAUGCUCACAAUUCUUGCCAACUACUCAGAAAAUAAUCCAAUUUAGUGAUGGAAAAAGUCCUCAACCUGGCGAUAAAGUGGUCUAUGUUGCCGGCGCUUUCGACCUCUUCCACGUGGGCCAUUUGGAUUUUUUGGAAGUCGCCAAAAAGGAGGGUGACUACCUCAUCGUCGGUCUUCACACAGAUCCGGCUGUAAAUAGAUACAAGUGUGGCAAUCAUCCUAUCAUGAAUCUUCACGAAAGGGUCCUCAGCGUUCUCGCUUGUAAAUAUGUAAACGAGGUGGUUAUAGGCGCGCCAUACGAGGUAACGAAAGAAUUGAUGGAGCAUUUCGACGUGUCGAUAGUUUGUCAUGGAAAAACGCCAAUUGUGCCCUGCGAGAAUGGAGCAGACCCUUACGCAGAACCGAAACGACAGCAAAAAUUCAAACUACUAGACAGCCAUAAUGACAUGACGACGGAAAAAAUAGUCGAAAGGAUCAUCCUUCACAGGUUGGAAUUCGAGGAUAGAAAUAUAAAGAAGGAGAAAAAAGAACUGGCUGCGUACGAAGCCUUCGUCAAGUCACAAAAUAUUGAGAAACCCGAAUGAUUUUUCGCAAAUGCAUCACCUGUAAAUAUGGGACUACGCAAAUUCUUUAUUUAUUCAAUAAUCAUACACUUGCUUUUUUUCAUUUAAUGUCAUUGCAUUCGAUUCGACAGUCAUAGACGAAAUUCAGUUUUGAGAAUGUAGUGAAUGAAAGAGAUCGCGAAAUAAAAAGCGGUAAGUUUUUCUGGUUAGAAAAAGUUUAUUAGAGAUAGGGUUUUACACAAAUUAAACGAACAAGACUCGGGCUUCUAUGACUUGUGAUAAGAAAUCACGAGUGCUCUUUGACGACUCGUGUUCAAAGAAAUUAGUUUCUAUUUUUAAUUUCAACUUUACGAGUCAUCUCAUGUGAUAAUUCUGACGACCGUGUUACAAUCAUAGAGUAAAAUUCUAAACUACCUCUUCUCAACUCAGAGAAUAUUUAUCUGAUGCUACAUCAUAUCAUGACGACUGAUGUUAUUUUAUUAUUAUUAUAAUUUUUUUUUUAGGUUUUUAGAAGUUCAGAGUCGGUGUAGAUUUUCUCAGAAUUUAAAUAUAGGCUAACAUCAAAAUUGAACGGUUCAAGUCAAAAUUAAUUUUAAAAAUAUCUUGUUGAUUUAAAAAGCACUUGAAAUCAAAAAUCUGCUGAUCUUCAUUAGAAGAUCGACAUACAUUGUAAUUUAUUUCAUUCCAUUAAAGUGUAAACUAAUUGUAAGUAACAGUUUUGUACAGAGAUUGCUUUAGAGUGGCUUCGAUUUAACAAGAAAUGGAAAAUGAAAUGUAAACGUACAAAGUUAUUUGCAGCGAAACGCUUAUAAAGUUAAUUUCGAUCAAUCUAUUAUUAU